AUGGCUCAAGCUCAAGGCGCACAGCCUGGUCAAAUCGAAAUCACAUCUCUCCCUGUCCCCCGCCUCCAGGAACUAAAAACCCAACUCGACGCCGAACUCACCCACCUCUCCAACUCGUUCCAAUCGCUGCGCACCGCUCAAUCCAAGUUCCGCGACUGCCUGAACUCCAUCUCGACAGGCCUCACACCAGCCACCGUCUCGAAACCACUCCUCGUCCCCUUGACAUCCUCGUUAUACGUACCGGGCAAGCUCACGGAUCAUGAGCACGUGCUAGUGGAUGUAGGCACGGGUUUCUUUGUGGAGAAGGAUAUUGCUAGUGCAAAGGACUUUUAUGAGCGCAAGGUUAAGGAUCUGGGCGACAGCUUGAAGGACUUGGAGGGUGUUGUGCAGGGCAAGGCGCAGAAUGUCAGAGUCGUGGAGGAGGUCAUUAGGCUCAAGGUCAUGAAUGCACAGGAAGGCAAGGGCGAAGAGCAAGGCAGCUGA